UAAAAGAGAAUAAAACAAAUCCAUUGUUUUCCUUGGUGUUCAAAGAAAUGUAGUGCAGUAUGAAGUUGUUUUUAUAUAUUUUCUUCACGCAUAUGUUCAUAGCCCCGUCCCGGUCCUAUAAAGGUGUGCAAUAUAGCAUUUUUGAGGAAAAGCAAGAUGAGGAACGAAGACAUCCAUUAAAACCUAUAACCAGGAAGCCAUUGCUGAAGGCUGGCGGGGCAUUUAACAUAAUACGAUCAUAUGGAGUAGCGACCGAAGAUAAAGGACGUUCUCGGCUGGAUCCAGUAUUGAAUUUCGUGAAUGCUCGAAAGUCAUCAGAUAAAAAAGAAAAGGGGAAAAAAGACGAAUCCGCUCCGGCGAGUUCGAGCUCCAGCUUGGAGCUCAGGGACUGGAAGGAUGAGUGGAGGGAGCAUUGGAUCGUUAAAAAAUUCGAGGCCAUCAACAACACUGACUUCCAACCGGGCGAUACUGUGAAUAUGGCUGCAGCCAGACCUUGGGGAGUCCCUUGUGGCGAUCCGGGCCAGCACGACAUGCCAUGGGGCACCUGUAUGCUGCCCAUGGAAUGUGACUCCGAAUACCGGAUAUACCGCGGUGACUUCAAUUGCGGUCGAACCCAGUUCGUUUGCUGUGCUCUGCAACUCACGGUCUACGAUAUGUAUCAAGGAUUCGAUUUAUCUUUCGAGGAUUCCGCCCUGAGGACCGAUAGUGAUGAGAAAAAGGCUGGUGGGAAAAAAGGAUCCGCAGAGGAUAAUAAGAAAACUAAAAAAAGGGACAAACGCAAACGCCAAGCUGCAAGGAAAAAGCGCAAAAGAGAAAUAAAACGGCUUAUCAGGAAAAUCCAGAAAGAAAUAAGGAGGAUAAUAAACAAACAGGAUAGAAAUGCCUCGCAACAGCGAAAGAGAAAGACGAAGCAGCUGAAGAAGUUCAUUGAAAUGCUGAAGGCCCAAUAUAGGCAUGAUCGUAAAGCAGUCCAGGAUAUUCAUGAACAUGAGAUGGUAAAGAUAGAUGAUGCUCUAAAGGUUCGGCUCCACGAGAUCAGUAUGAUGAAUCAGAAUUUCGUUAAUAACGCGACGUUCAGAGAUAUAGUGGUGAACGGGACGCUGAAUAGACAAUCAGCGAGGAUGCUGGUGGAGGCGUAUCCUGAACUACAGCCUUACGUCCAUGUCAACGUGAGGAGAAGAAGCGGGGUCAGUAGGCCCGUGCGAGAUUAUCUCGAUUACGAUGUCGAGUAUGGCAUGUUGUAUUAUUAAUAUGACAGAAGGUAAUUUCAAUCAAAUUUCAUAUAAUAUAUACCUAAGAAGAUAUAUUAUUCAUAUAAUAUAUACUUAAGAAAUAUAUACCUUGUUUUAUGAGGAAAUAUACCGAAUUUAUUUAAUUUCA